AUGUGUGAGGCCACGGCUGUUCAUACCGAGGGCAGGGGUGUUCACACCGAGCCCACGGGUGUUCGCACUAAGGGCACAGAUGUUCACUCCGAGGGCAUGGGUGUUCAGUCCGAGGGCAGGGGUGUUCACUCCGAGGGCAUGGGUGUUCACACCGAAGAAGAAGUUCUCUUCCUUGGACACAUUGUGAGUGGCAACGGAGUUGGACCAAAUCCUGCUCUUGUCAAAGAUGUACAGCAAUGGAACCCCCCCAACAACCUACAAGAGCUGCAGGCCUUCCUUGGGCUAUGUAACUAUUAUCGCAAGUUUGUCCCAAGUUUUGCAGAGCUGGCAAGCCCCCUCCAUAAUCUUCUCAAAAAGGGAACAGUGUUUCAAUGGACUGACGAGCACCAAGCUGCUUUUACUAUGCUCAAAGAAAAGCUGACCACCGCACCUGUGUUGGGGUAUCCCCGUACUGAAGGAAAGUUCAUUCUGGAUACAGACGCCUCAAACAACAGUGUCGGAGCAGUCCUGUCGCAGAUCCAGUGGGGAGAAGAGAGAGUUCUGACCUAUGCCAGUAGCCGCCUGUCCCCAGCUCAACAAAGGUACUGCGUCACUCGUCGUGAAUUACUCGCUGUUGUUCGCUUCAACACGCCAGUUCCGCCAUUAUCUACUGGGCAGGAAGUUCCUACUACGGACCGACCAUGGCAGUCUCACCUGGCUUUUCCGUUUCAAGUGCCCUGA